AACAGAAAUAAAGGAAGAAAAAAAGCAUGGGAUGGAAUCACCCAGACAUAUCGUUGGAAGAAAUGAUGAAACUGAUAAAAGGGUUUGUAGAUAUACUAAUUUUAACAUCUGGGUAUCAAUCAUCUGGUCUUCUCGCCCAUUGGGACUCCGAUAACAUCAAGCGAGCGUUUCAAUGGGCUCUCUUCUUUGAAAAAGUUUUUAGGCGUUUAAGCAGCUUGGAUGUUUACCAAGAGUCUAUCGAGGAACUUGAUGCAGCUCUCUUUGAAAUGACAUCUCAUCCUUCCUUUCCUCAGGGUCUUGCACAUUUAUCAUCUGCUACUCUUAUAAGGGCAAGAGGUUUUAUGUUGGAACACUUGCUCCAUAAUUUACCAUUGAGGGAUUCACAUCUAAGAGCAGUUUUGACAGCAAUCAUCGAGAUGGAUCUUAGUGACCUUUCACAGACAAAACAUGAUUGUCUCAAUGCAUAUUUGAAUAGUUUGACACUGCAAAAUAGAAAUUGUAUGAGGAAUUUGAUUACAUCAUCUCCAGAUGUAACUACAAAUGUGGAAACUGAAAAGUCUGGCAGUGGUAAUUUUACGAAACUUGCUAUUCAGGAACUCUUCAGGAGGCAAUCUUCCGUGUCAUGCAUAUCAAGUAUUGAGGAAGCAGUGGAUGUUCUUUCUAAUGCUGUAAGACAUAGCAGCUGGACUGAGUCUGAUUGUAGCUUACUUGGAGAACAAACAAAUGAAAAUCUUCCGGCUUUAUUGCAUAUUUCAGCUAACAAUUUUCUAUGCCGUAAUCAGAAUCAACGUGCAGAUGCAUUAGUUGAUGUUGUCUCAUGGAACCGUUGGAAAUCAAGGGCUGUGUUAUAUUUUCUUGAUACGAGAACUAUUAGAUUGGUUUCUGGUUCCAGUUUAAUAUUUUCUGGCACUAACGCACAAUGGGGGAAAGUGUUUGAGCAGCUGAAUUUUUCUGAAAAAAGUAGCAACAAUGAUUUACAUGAGGCAAUCGAACUCUUGUUACUUGGAUGCAUUGCAAGCCGAUGGAAUUGCAUCAUUGAACACUUGAUGUCAGUAUCUUAUGAUUCUGUUACCAUCUCAAAGCAAUAUCAUGUACUUGCUAACUUGGUCUUUGGAAAAUCUCAAAGUUUUCAUCAAAAAGAGGGAACAAUAAAAUCAAAGGAAGGCGAUAUUCUUGAUUAUCUGAUGGGACUGUUGGGUGAUAAAAUUCAUCUGUUGUGGAAAUCAUCUCCUGCUCUGGUGGCAAUUUCACUUCCAUCCUGGUCAACCUUAUUUAGACUUUACUUGAGUGAAUUAGAGACUCAAUUCAAAGGAAAUCCUUCAACAAUGAGAUGCUGCAGUUGCAUUCAAGAUAGGAAUGAGCAUAAAGACUGUGAACUCGCUGAGAGAAUUUGGUGUCUUUACAUCUUUCAUGCUUGUGGCUCUCAAACGAUACAUGGAACAUGUGAUGCUUAAUAGCUGAAAUUUAUAAUGCUGGUCUUCAGUAAGAUGCUCCGAAAGUUUACCAUUCGUAAACCAGAAGAGAAAUCAUAAAUGAUAAACACUAUCAACUUUUUGGAAGGCUAGCCAAUUCAAAAAGUGCUCAUUAGUCAUCACAGACAUCACAUCACUACUUUUUCCAAGUUGAGAAAAUGGAUGACCUAGGAAUGAUGGCAAAGCAAAGUGGAAAGAACUUUGGGUGAUAAUGAUUCUGAUUUCAGGCAAAUGGGAAAAUGCCAUCUAACAUCUCAGACAGUGAUGUUUGCUGGUAGGUAUUAGAUGCAUGAAACGCUCAAUAUUUCAUACUAUCUUUGAAACUAUAUAUCUUAUUGCCCUUAUUGCUUUAACCUUGCAAGCUCUCCUCCUAAGAGUGGAUUCAUAGUUAGAAGUUAGGUAGGCGCUAGCAUUGAAAAUUCUGAAAAUGCAAAUCUUGAAGAAAAUUCAGUUGAAGUGGGAAAAGAAAGUAGCAAACGAUGGGUAUGCUGUCAAACUUAUCAGUGUACAAAGAAGCCCGACUUUGUGUUGCCGCUCAAGACCAUAUGUCUUGAAGCAGUUUGUUUUGAAGCUCAAGUCACAGUGGAGGCAAGCUUUGAGAUUGCAAAGAAGCAGCAUGCAGUUCAGUUAUGACUUCCACAGCUAUUCUCUGAACUUUGAUGAUGGGUUUUCCCAUGAACAUUUCAUACUGAAUUCAACACGAUGAACUUUUGGCUCUCUUCUCCAAAUAAGUACUACAUCUGAUUGUUUUCAGUUUUUUUUUUUUGGGGGGGGGGGGUGGAAUUUGAUGCGUAAAUAAAGAAUGUUUUACCAUUUUAUGUGUUUAUUCGGUCUUCUGUUGGCUAUAACUGUUGUCUGUUGUCGCCCCGUUGAAUUUUCUAUGAUGACAGUUGUAAUUAGUUUCAAAAUCUGAGAUGGUAGUAGUUUCAGAGCAUGUAUAUUUUUUCCCUCAGUAAAAUAUAAGCAGAAACAGUCACGCAUAGUGCAAUAUUCCUGAUUCAUUCCCAGCUUUCCCUGAUCUUUUGGUUGCCGAAAGCAAAAAGCAUUAUCUGGGUUUAAACGUUUGGUAUGAUUGCAUAUUUUCCCCUGCUUCUGAGCUUAAGCAAUGGUGUUGGCUUCAUUCACAACUUCUCUAAGAGUUAUGAAUCCUGGAACCAUCACUUAAAUUUCUACGUUCAAUUUCUAGGUAUAAGAAUAUUUAAUUGCAUCCAAGCACGUAUAUUUUCUUUCUGAAGGAGUCUGCAAGAACAAGAAGGGAAAAAAGAAAAAAUAAACUGGUAUUGUAGCUACUGAAAGGUUAUAUUCACUGGCCAACCAUCGAUUCUUCUGCCCCACAUCUGCUGUCAAAAAGAUAAAAGAGACUGGUAUUGUAGCUAAAAUGACGCGUAUUUGGCCCUUCCACUAUCCACUGCUUUUUCUCUUUUUGUUGACGCCGAAACCAAGACAUAAAUCAUCUAUCUACUAUUCCUCUACCACUUGUAAAUUGUUUUAAGUAAUGAAUGAAAUUCACAAAAAACUAGAACUCGCGAAGUUAAUUUAAGGCAUUUUUGUUGUUUUAGCCUUAUCUUUGGUCUCGAGUAUAAAUGAUUACUCCGUGUUUGAUGGCAAGAAUUGCGGUACAUAUCACUUCUUUAUUGGCCCUGAAAUAAUUGAGAAAAAUUCUUAAAAAGUACCUGGCACAGUAUCAGAUAGGGCAUCCAAGGCUGAAAGAAGCUGUGCGGCUGAGCCUCUAAUGAGUACAUGCCAGGGUGAAAAAUAAAUGGUAUAGAGGGAAGUGGGAACAACAUGAGUUGGGCAGCAUAAUUUGACUUGCCUUUUGUUUGUCCACAUGUUCAUUAACCCUUAGCUAAUAUACUGUCUUCCAUUUCAAUAAAUCAUCAUUCCAUGUGAUUUUUCAAACCCAGAUCAUGGCUCCAGUGCAUACCCCACCUCCCAUGUGACCCUUUUAUCUGCCCUAUCAACGUUCCAAAUUCAUCACCCUCUCUCUCCCCCCCCCCCCCCCCCC